GCUAAGGCUAUGGGGGCGAAGGUGACCGUGAUCAGCACCUCUCCUAACAAGAAAAAUGAAGCUAUUGAAAACCUUGGUGCUGAUGCAUUUUUGGUUAGCCGUAACCAAGAUGAGUUGGAGGCUGCCACGGGCACCUUGGACGGUAUCAUAGAUACAGUCUCUGCACAACACGCCCUGCUUCCAUUGAUUAGCCUCUUGAAGUCUCAUGGAAAGCUUGUGUUGGUUGGUGCUCCAGAGAAGCCACUUGAACUACCAGUGUUUCCUUUGAUUUUGGGGAGGAAGUUAGUGGGUGGAAGUUGCAUCGGAGGAAUGAAGGAAACGCAAGAGAUGAUUAAUUUUGCUGCUAAACACAACAUCACUGCAGAUAUUGAAGUUAUACCAAUCGACUAUGUCAACACUGCCAUGGAGCGCCUGUCAAAAGUAGAUGUCAAAUAUAGAUUUGUCAUCGACAUUGCCAACACAAUGAGAGCCAGCUCUUGAAUUUCGCUGCCAUUUUGCGACAUUGGGUUUUUCUGUUCUUCUGAUUCUGUUGUUUUUGACUCAUCAUAUUGAGUCAUGUAAUACCAAGAAAUGCCUUCUAAUAUAUAGCACCUUUUUUUUUUUUUUCGCCAUUGGGAACAAUAUCUUGUGAUAUGUUGCCUUGGAAUAUAAAUUUUAAACUAAAAAAAGUGAAGUGUA